UCUAGUCGCUAGUUAUUGCUCUGUACAGCUGCACGCAGCCAAUGUAUGUAGGAUCAUGAAAAGAACCGUCAUAUGUCUCUGUAUUCAUGUAGGCGAUAUCACUCAGUCCGCGCUGUCAGAACGGUUUAACGUCAACAUUGUGUAUGGCUAAUUGAAUAUAGUCCUGGCUCCUUCACCAUCAGAUAACAGCAGAAAACAACAGAAAACAGCAGAUAAGUACGAUUAAAUAACAAGAUGGCUACCGCUGAAAGUGUGAAAGACGAUCAUUUGACCUGCAGUAUCUGUUACCGACCCUUCGCAGAACCGAAGACGCUGCAAUGUCUUCAUACCUUCUGCCAGGAAUGUCUGCAGCAUCAUAUCAACCACGGCAACCACAUCCGGGGAAUCCCCUGUCCUGUCUGUAGACACGUGACUGUUCCACAAGAUUCGUUUCAACCACGUCAGAACUGGGCGAGGCUCAUCAAAACAGAUUUUAAACUAGCUGGGAUAUUGGAAGCAUUGGGUCAAAUGGAGAAAGGUAAAAGGGCCCAUCCAGAUGCUAUUGUAGUGACGGGAUCGCCAAGUCACUUCAACGAUCGUAAAUCGCAACUGACAACAAUGCUGCAAGUCCUCAGACCUGCUGUAAACUUCAUUCAGGUUAAAAUUGAUACUGAGAAAGAGGGCAUUAAGACGAUGGGAGAUACACGUGCGGAAACCGAGAACGACAUUAAAUCAUAUGUUGAGAAACUGAUAGAGGACAUCAAGCAAAAGGAAAACAUCCUAAUCAAAGACCUUAACAGUUCGUAUGAGAUGAAGAAAACGGAAAGUGAGGAAAAUGUGAAACGUUUCAAGAAACUCGUUGAGGAAACACAAGAUACCAUUGGUCUGAUUGACCGUCUGUUGUCCCCAGGAUCAGAGUAUGCUACCAUGGAAUGCCUCCCCCGAAUUCAGAAACAACAGGAAGAUGUGAUGAAGUUUGUCACCGAUCCACCAGUCGAUGAGUGCCCCGUUUUGUUUUCAUUUCAUGGAAAUAUCACCCACGUUAAGUCCUUAAUGAGCAGCCUGGAAUUAGGAUCGGUAUGGUCCAACUCAGAAAGCGAUGACAUGUAUGCCGUUGGAGGCCAGGAGACACGGAAGAACGUCCUACAUCAAGAGAAGGUGGUUUCUGCCACAGCGAUGCAGAGAUACAAUGUACCCAACAAACAGGAACCAUCAGAACAGGAAGCAUCAUCAGACAAUGGUGCAGACCCUCCAACUAGUCUUCCUGAUCCUCCACGCACAGUUGAAGUUCCACCAGAACAACCUUCGAAUCCAUCCUAUGUUCUUGAACGAACAAUAAACACAAAACUUGACGAGGACAACUAUGACCCAGAGCUCAGGAACAUCGUUAUUCUCCAGGGCAAAACCUCACCGGUGAUAAUAAUCCUUGACUAUGACAAUGGAAGUUUGAAAUCCUUUUAUGAAGUUGAUGGUCAGCCCAAACGUAAUUCCCAUAGAUUUAGUGGUUAUCCACAAUCUAUUGCAAAAUUGUCAGAGGAAAGAGUCAUUGUGAGUCUUAUGAACUACAAGUUUUUCGUCUUUACUUCAGACCUUAAGCAAGUGAGCAGCAUUGAGAGCGAGAAGUGGUACACGUGCAUGACGACCGUGACCACACAGGAGAAGCUCCUCGGCUUUGUCAACACAACGACUACGACGAUAAUAGGUGGAAGGCAUACUGUACUCGAUCACUUAACGGUAAAGGGAAAACCAUCAAACAAGUUCAUAAACACAGCACCAGCAGAGGGAAUGUUCGGCGAGGUGUCUCAUCUGUGUUCAACGCCAAAUAACAACAUCAUCGUCACCGACUGUACGAAACACGACGUCACCUGCAUCUCCAUGGAAGGAAGUCUUCUGUGGAGAGUUGAACCACGUGACCAGGAACUUGCCUGUCCAGUUGGAGUUGCCUGUGAUUCCAGAGGAGAUGUCUUUGUUGUUGACAAAGACAAAAAAUGCAUUGUGAAGAUUUCCGGUGACCAAGGUCAAGUUUUGGGGGAUGUUGUCACGAGAGAUGCGGGUCUUGAGAACCCGAUUGCUCUGGCGUUAGACACUGCUGACAAAAUCUACGUCAUACAGACAAACGGCGAAAUACGCGUGUUUUCGUUAUAGGCACAAGAGCGUUCAUUAGAAAUAGAUCCUGACAAAUGUAACUGAAUCUUUUCCAGUCCUCAGUACCAUGACUGUAAGGACAGGUUUUCCCAUCGACUUAACUAGUAGUGAUAGCAACUGAACAGUAUGCGAGACUAUAUAAUUCAUUUUUCUGACGAAUUCAUACAUUGGUCUAACUGGCACUAGCAAAUCUCAGCAUUUUGUAAUAAUGUUUCAAGGAGCAAGACACCAGUGGACACCAAGGGCAUUGGGAGAAUAUAUAUGAACUGUCUACAUCAACCUUACGUAAAAUAUUGUAUUUUGAGGAAGAGUAUUGUCAAUUAUUCAAUUACUUUGCUUUAACAGUGGGGAUAUAUUGUGGGUGUUACUUUACAAUCAUGGCAACUGUGCCAAAUGCAUUCUUAAUUCUCAUUUCCGUCUUUAAAGUGAUUUAUCUAUU